UUGCGAGGUAGAAAAAAGGUUUUGUGUGCUGUUGGUCGACGAUGCAGAUGUUUUAUUAGUUUUAGAAGAUUGUGACGACAGAAUCCUCUUAAGUUCUUAAUUUAUAAUUCUCGAAUCGAACAAGUCUGAGGACAAAAGUAGAUUAGUGAUCUGCGAGACGAGUUCGCGAAACUCCAGGACAAAAUGUGUGGUGGUUUUACGUGCUCUAAAAAUGCAUUGACGGCUUUGAACGUCUUAUAUAUUGUUGUCGCCUUCAUUCUAAUCGGCGUCGCACUCUAUGGAAGGGCUUCCGCUUUGGUUACAGAUCUACCAAUUAUUGGUGGAAUUUUAGCAUGUGGAGUGAUACUGAUAUUGAUCUCAAUCCUCGGAUUAAUAGGAGCUGUCAAACAUCAUCAAGUUUUGCUUUUCUUCUACAUGCUCAUUCUCUUCCUGCUGUUCCUCGUCCAGUUUAGCAUUGCCUGCGCAUGUCUUGCAGUGAAUACGAAGCAACAAGAAGAAUUAGCGGAACAAGGAUGGAGAAGCGUUGGACCUGAUCUUAAGGAAAAAGUUCAGGAUACCUUCGGUUGUUGUGGCUUCAACAAUACACAAAGUUUUCCCUCUGAAUUAAAUAAUAUUCCUUGCCCAGCGGUGUGCGGUCAAGUUGAAAAAUGCCCUCUCUGUAUGCAAAAACUUCAAUCUACUAUCGAUUACGCAUUUAAAUUAUGCGGAAGCAUAGGACUUUUCUUCAGUUUUACGGAGGUGAUUGCGGCUUUCUUGGCCAGGCGUUACAGAAAUCAGUACGACCCAGAGUUAAAGGCUGCCAGAGCUGUUUUUCCACGAGAUGAUUAUCUAUACUGAUACAUUUAGUUUGAAAUUUCUUCGCAUUGCUGCCUGCGGUAACAGCAAUGUUAAAUCCAGCGACUUCAAAAAUACUCGUAAAAUCUGCGAACUAUGCUGUUAGAUAAUUCAUUUAAUUGACUUGAGCGUUCUAUGCUGAACUAAUUAUGGCGACACCGAACACGAAAUUAGUUAGGACGUGCAAUGCAGAAAUAUGUAGGACAUUCAGAGUCAAACAAUUCUGAAAAGCUUGAAUUGUUCUACUUUGGAUGUCAAUUUAAAGAGCAAUACUUGAAUUGGACAAUGCUUGCAAAUUCCAUCAUUACGUUUUAGAACAAUGGCUCCUGCUAAACCAAAGAUCGAUUUUUUAUUAUUUAGAAAUUGAGUAGAAUAUUGCGAAGUCGGAAACUGCCUUUGAUAUCGCUAGUUGUGUUAUAUAUUCUCAUUUACUUUAGUGAUUACAACUGCUAGAUGUGUGCUCUAGUCAGUCAUUGAAACCAGAAGAUUCCAUAGGACGUUUUGUGUUCAAUUUUUUAAUUUUAGAACUGUUUUUCAUUCUCAUCAAGUUCUUGCUCUGAAUUUUAUGGAUCUCAAACAAGUAGACGUUAGAAGAUGUCAUAAUAUCAUUCCAGAUUGCAUGUGAUACUCAGCUAUGAUCUAAAAUCUAUAAUAUCUCAAAUCUUAUCCUUAAAUUACAUAAUUUGCAUCAUGUUUUUUUUAUUGAAGUGUAAUAUCGAAAAGGAUAUGAUUUUAAAUGCAAAUGAUGCUUUUAAAAAACAAAUUAAGUUAAAAUCAGAAUCUGAUAAAAACUCAAUUCUUGACUUGACUCCUAGCGAAUCUUGUUUUAUGUUUUAGUCAGUUAGUUUAAGUUCGAAUUAGACCUUUGGGUAAAAUCUAAUUGCAAAUCAACUUACAAUGUUGUUUUUAGUAGUUAGAAACAAGCCUGUAAAGUGUAAAUUCAACAGUAGAGAAUUGUAGAUGUCUUGUUUUAUUCAAUACAUCCUAGGUAAAAGAAUCUCCUUGAAGUGUAUUUCUAAAACGUGCCUAAAUGACCACUCGCGUUGGGAUUCUACGAGAUCCGUCUCGAUACUAAGUGACACGGACCUUUGAAUUUUCAGUCAACUAGUGCACGUAGUUGUGUAAACGUCUAACCACAUACGCG